AUGCAGAUCUUCGUCAAGACCCUAAUGGUGGCCUACUUCUUCCAUGUCAAGCUGGAGCUGUAUCCUUCGGCAAGCCCAUCAGCUGCGUCGCAAGCCGCAACAACCAACAACCUCUUCCACCCAGACUCAACUACAGACAUAUUCAAAUCCCCUUUGCCCGCUCACCGAACCUCCAAGACCAUCUCUCAGACGCUACAAGCCCGACACUCGCCGAGAAACUCGCUAGACAACCGCCCCGCUGCUGCGAGUCGACCAGCUUCCGCUCACGGCGAUGCGCUUCUGCUGCCCGAGAGGAACGUCGCAUUGAAAGAGCCUGCCUCACCUACCAUUCCACCGAAGAAAGCGUCGAGCGAGGUUGCUACCCGGGAUUGGCGAUACGGUCCUGUCACCAUCGAAAGCAUCGACAUGGAGCCAACCUCUACCAAACUCCCUCCGACCGGUCUACAUACCAAGGCGGCAUAUGUGCCUUCGACUCCCAAAGCGACCGAUGUAGGCUGGGGUGUCGUACAUCUGUACAGAGACUCGCAAGAGACGGCAGCAUUAGACCACAAACACAUCAAAGAUGAUGUCGAUUUUGACCCACAACAGUGCACCACUUUGUGCAUUCUGGCUGUGCCGUCUUGGAUGAUGCCCUCGGACCUGCUGGGAUUUGUUGGAGACCAGGCAAGAGAAGAUGUUAGCCACUUCAGACUCAUUAGGACUGGUCGAGCCAACAAGUACAUGGUUCUCAUGAAGUUCCGACAGGCCAAGAAAGCAAGAGGGUGGCAGAAGCUGUGGAACGGGAAGCUCUUUAGUGCUAUGGAGGUGANNCCCGAAAACUGCCAUGUCGUAUUCAUCAAGUCUGUCGAAUUCCUGACUCCAGACUCGGAUACAUCUGACCCCGCUGCAUUCCCUCAAAACACUCAGGACCCCUUCACCAAAUCCUCGAACUCUCUGUCCGCCAAGCCGCAUGCACCACCGACGCCAUCCCUUGUCGAACUUCCUACAUGCCCGGUGUGUCUCGAGCGCAUGGACGAGACCACAGGUCUCUUGACCAUUCUGUGUCAACAUGUGUUCCACUGCGCCUGUCUCGAGAAGUGGCGCGGAUCGGGAUGUCCUGUGUGCCGUUAUACACAGUCACCCUCUUUUACCUUCCCUUAUCCCCGACCAGGCGAUCCUGAUGUCCAAACCGAAGUCGAACCUGCUUGUACCAUCUGCGCGACCACUACGAACCUAUGGAUAUGCCUGAUCUGCGGAAACACAGGUUGUGGUCGCUAUGAUUCAGCACACGCGUUUGCACACUGGGAAGCCACAAGUCACUGCUAUGCUAUGGACAUCAAUUCGCAGCAUGUCUGGGAUUAUGCCGGCGACGGCUACGUUCAUCGCUUGAUCCAGAACAAGCCCGACAGCAAGUUGAUCGAUCUACCUGCUCGACGUCAUCCCAACGCCGCAUUCCGCGCUGAAGCAGAUGAUAAUGUGCCGCGAGAANAGAUGGAGAACAUGGCUAAUGAGUACACAUACCUCUUGACUAGUCAGUUGGACAGCCAGCGCCGUUACUAUGAAGGCCAGCUUGAGCGCGCUGUUGACAAGGCAAGUAUCGCCUCGGCCAAGGCAGAAGAUGCUGCUAGAGCGUGUACUGCGCUUGCCGAAGAAAUGGUUGCUCUGCGCGUACAGAACCAAGAUCACGCCGCCAGUGUUACUCGUAUGGAGAAGAGUGUCGAAAAAGCCACCUCCCGUGCCGAAAAGUUCGAGAAGAUGGCUCGCGACAUGUCUACUCAAUUGCGUGAAGAAAAGACGAUGAACGAAGGCUUGCUUCGGCGCAUUCAUGCUGCUGAAGCAAAGGGCAAAGAGAGCCAACAAGAGACUGCGAAGAUGAAGUUGGAGAAGGCAGAAUUGGAGGAGAUGAAUCACGACUUGACCAUGUUCAUCAGCAGCCAAGAAAAGGUCAAAGAGUUGCAAGCUCAGGGCGAGGAAGUCGUCGAUGGGUCUGCCUUCGCACCGGAGCAACGACCGCAGCAAGGCAAAAAGAAGGCCAAGGGAAAGAAAAAGUAG